UCCCCGAUCAUAAAUUUAAAACAAUAAAUUUCCAUUAUAUCCCUUUAAAAAAUUAUAAAUCAUUUGCCACGAUAAGAUUGUAACGUCACAUUUUUAUAUUCGCAAUGUAGCCAAACAGCCAUAUGCAAAAAACCAAAGCAAUAAAGGCCACUUAGAUUGGAUUACCCUUUUCAAUUCAACAAAGUUUUAGACCUUAUUUUCUGGCUCGCACCCCCACGGAAAUGUUUGAUCAUUUAUUAUAUUUGGAUGAUUUUUAUCUGUUCCCCUACGACAAGAACAAAGCCAAUGAAACAAUAUUGACAAAAUUGGAUAUUCUACUAAGGUUUAUGUAUGAGACCAAUGAUUAUCCAAUACAAGAUAUACUAACGGAACUUGGUCCGGAUUGUGAGGAUAUCAUUAUAAGAGGCAUUGUGUAUGGUAUACCAGUUAAUAUAAGCGACUAUUUUCGUAAACGUUUAACCACAAAUGGAGUGUGCUGUAUGUUUAAUUACAAACGUGAAAGCUAUGCCUAUGAUGAAAAAACGCGCAAUGAAGACAAUCGUUUCAUACGCGAAAAGCAACCGAUACAGUUUGAGGCUAAUUCCAUUUUGAAUUCCAUACAAUUUGUAUUACAAAGUAAUCCCGAGGAUUUUACGGUGAGAGAUUUUGAUAUUGAUUCAUUUGAGAUUACAGUGUUUCCCCAAUACGAUUAUGCCAAUAUACAAUCCAGUCAUAUUGGUCAUAUUUUGGUUGACUAUUAUUCCAUUGUGGAAAUACCCAUACAACCGGAAUUCUAUGACUCCAAUGAAAGGAUAAGGCAGUUUAAACCAAGUGUACGCAAUUGCUAUUUUCCCGAUGAGGGACAAAAGGUUUUAAACAGAUCUUAUUAUUCAAUAGACGAAUGUUUGUUGCAAUGUCGUUCGGAAUCCAUGAUAAAACAUUGCGGUUGUGUCAGCCCCCCAAUGGGUGCCAUGGAAAAUCUAACAUAUUGUAAUUUGAAUGCCUUACCUUGUCUGCGUCAGUGGAAUGUUAAGUGGCAUAAUUGGGAUUAUUUUUCCUAUGUCAACGAUAAUAGUAAAGAGGAUGAAACCGCUGGUCAUAAAUGUCCACACUGCCUACCAACUUGUGAUGGUGUAAACUUUCGAAUACACUUAAAUGAGAUGACAAUUCGAAGGGCCUAUGGAGGAAUAUAUAGCCAUGGUUUAUUAAAGAACCUAAGUGAUUCUAAACCUUUGGCCAUAAUUAAGUUGUUUUUCAAGCAGCGUUUUGCUCAGGCCACCGAAAUGGAUAUAAUUGGAGAUUGGGUUGUGCUCUUGAACCGUUUUGGAGGCAUUAUGGGCCUGAUGUAUGGAUUCAGCAUAAUUAGCUUGUUAGAAAUGUUCUAUUAUGGGACGGGAAAACUAUUCACAUAUCAUUGGAACAAAUGGAAGAUGAAAAUAAAAAAGAAAGCUGUUGAAACAUCAGCUAUGAUAAGGAAUAAAACUCUAAGAAAGGAUGAACCGCCACCCGAAUACGAUUUAUACUGGCAGGAGUUGAUGCCGAAACGUCGUACAAACAUUUUUAUGGGAAAAGUUUUUGAUCAAUAA